CGGGAAUCCAUUCUACAGUUUUCCAACAGGAACUCGUGAAACUAGUAAAAACUUCCUCGCACAUUGUCUUCAUCUCUGACCCUCCUCUUCCCCUCCUCGAAACCGCGAGGACAAACGGGACAAUGCCACCCAUUGACAUUGAAUGCACAGGCCUAACCGCAUUUCUCACCUAUCUUCGAAUUUAACAUUCACUGUAUCUAAGGGACAAAAGAGAGUGGCACGGUUCCUCUGUUUUAAGUUGGAUGAGUGGCCUACAGCUUACGCAUGCAGGCAAAAUGCGUCUCUGGGUUAUUUGCGGAAUAAUGGCUGUGUUCGCAUCAGGAGAGGGUUCAAAAAUGGUUGUCCGGGUGUAUACGGAGAAGCAGGCUUAUGCCGCAGGCACAGAAAUAACCUUUCUGGCAAUGACUGAGGAGCCCGACCCUCUUGAGUUCCAAUGGGACUUUGGGAACAGACAACCUGUCCGAACAUCCUCAAGAGCCAUCACCAAAAAAUUCCAUCUUCCUAAAAGGUACAAUAUCUCUGUGAGAGUGUUCAGUGGGCAAAUGUCUGCAGUUUCAGAUGUGUAUGCUGUGAUAGUGCAGAGGGCUAUUAAACCCAACAAGCUGCAGUUUCAGCCCUCAGUUCUCGUAAACACAACGGUGGAGUUUAAAUGUAGAGUUAGCGCUGGGAGUGAUGUGACCUACCUUUGGAGCUUUGGUGAUGGCACCACACGACAUGGGUGGAGAACUGAACAGCACGUAUUUGACAGACUCGGGGAGUUUGUGGUUGGUGUGACAAUGCACAACUUGGUCAGCUCUGCCUCUCUGAAUGACCACAUAUUUGUUACAAGUGAACACUGUCUGCCUCCGCCAGUGAAGAACAUGGGCCCUCAUAAAAUACAGGUGCAGCGGGAUCAGUCUGUGCGUCUGGCUGUGACCUACGAGGCGGUGGAGAUCCAGUGUGACAUGUACCAGGGACUGCAGUACACAUGGAUGGCCUAUGACUCCAGCGGGAGCCAAAUUCAGCUUGCUUCAGUUGAAACCCACAAACAAAACAUUGAGCUCCCAGCGUUCUUCCUUCAUUAUGGCAUUUACAGAGCCGUAGCCAAGGUUCAGAUAAAGGGAAGUGUGGUGUACAGUAAUUACUCCGUCUGUGUGGAGGUGGGGCCCCGCCCCCCGAUUAGCAUCAUUCAGGGAGCCACAAACCUCUUCAUCAGUCGCCAUGACACCUUAAUCACCCUGAAUGGAGAGCAAUCACACGACCCUGAUUUCCCUCAGAUCCCACUAAGCUACAGUUGGCACUGCAGGCCACUGAGCAGAACAGAAGGCCGGUGCUUCCAGGAGUCCCUCCAGCUUGUCCCUCGAUCUCUCCCACAGCUCGUCUUCCCAGUCAGUGCCCUGAAUCCCACAUUUGACCAGUUCAAAUUCACGCUGACCGUUCAAAGUGGGGGCCGCUCCUCCUCAUCUGAGAUGUUUGUCACGAUCACACCCAACACCAUGAGGAAUCUUCAGAAUAACUGUGGUCACUGCCAGGGUACUGGAGUGAAUUGGAAUGAGCAGUUUUCUGCUGAAGCAUUCUUUGAGAAAGACACCUUUGUCUCAGAGGACGUUGUGUUUUCUUGGAAGCUGUACAUAGUGAAUGGCACCCAUAGAUUCAUCAGUGAAGUGCCGUUCUGCAGGUCUGCUGAUCAAGGCACACCUGCAAAAAUCAUUGAAAGUCCAAAUUACACCCAAGAAGCAGUGGAGCUGUACGAAGGAUCAUCAUCCCCAUACGAACUUCAUAUGCCAGCCUCCCCAACGCCAUCGUUUGAAAGCAUCCAUAAGACCACCUUCGAUGAUUUCUCUGAGUUUCUACCCGAGUCCAUUAACAUACCAGAGCACCAAGUCCCUGAUGCCUUGCAGUCCGAUUCCACUGGCCGUGGAGGUGGUCCACGUGCGCCCACCGCCAGGAUGAAACCCCGGGGCACACAUGGGCACUCCCCUGCCCCCUCCGCCCCACGGGGCAGCUAUGAGGAGGGUGAGGCCCUGGUGAGCUGGGGCAGAUGGAGGACAGAGGGCAAGCCUGCGGAAGCACAGACGCUGCCCGCCGACCAACCUGAUGAAGUGACCCAACGUUUAGGUGAUGUGUGGAAUGCCCGUCAGUCGCCGGGAGACUAUGAUGAUGCCUCAGAUCUAGUACUGAUGGGGGAGACUGAUUCACACCUCUCUGGGAUUCCUGUGAUCUUUGAAGAGGGAGGUAGUGGUGCCCCAGCUGAAAACGACUCUGAUCGGCCUUUGACCCGGGAACACCACAGAGCCACCGGAGAGCCAGAUCUACUCAGGACUGGGCACAGUGAUUACCCUGCGGAAGAAGAAACUUCCAGUGCUCAUUUUGAUCUCACAGAUUAUGAUUUCCCUUUCAUUGGGAUCGAAGAGGGCGACUCAGGAACAUAUGCUGGAAGACCGACAGGCGUGGGUUUCGCUUGGGAGAACGGAGGCAGAGACCUUGUGUCUGAGCCGGACCAUCCUGAGGAGAGCUUUCUGAUGGACUCCAAGCACCCUGGUCUGGCUGUAGCAGAGAGGACUCUGUUGGACCUGGCAAGAGAGCUCGUUGAUCCCGUGGUGUUGGAGUCUCACACUGUAGCAGGAAUUUCUUCAUCUGUCAUCACGCUGAAACCUUACUCACUGAGCCCAAACCGCCACUAUAUGCUGGCCGUGACCGCAAGUGAGCGUCGGACAGCGGUGGGGAAGUCCCAGCUGUUCUUCACCACCCUCCCCGCGGCCGCCCCUGAGGGGAUGGCAUGUCUGGUGCAACCCAGCGAGGGGCUCGAGCUCCUCACGCUCUUCAGCGUCUUCUGUGCGUCUGGAAGAGAGGAUCUGCUCUAUAAGUACAGCUACACCGUUGGCAAGAGCCCUGCUGUUGUGUUGUACGAGGGCCGAGACUUCCAGCAUUAUUUCCACCUGCCAUCUGGAGGUCAUGAAAAUGACUAUACAGUAACCGUCUACACUGUGAUUGAGAACAAGUAUGGGGCUACGACUAAAGCAUGCGCAGCUACCGUGAAGGUUCUCCCCCGUUUCCAGAGAAGCGUGCCCCUGUCCCACGCCCCUGAGCAGGACCUACUCGCCUACGCCACUCGGAACCUCAGCAGGCUCACGCAGAUGGGCAGCGUCCGGGACGUCCAGAACGCCGUCUCCCUACUGGCGGGGGUGCUCGGCAGGUUACGCCAGGAGCCAGUGUCCUCUCAGGAGCUGCUGGGGGCUACCCACAAUGCACUUGUGACGGCGCUAUGCUGCCUGACUCCCAGGGAUGAGAGAUUACUGGCCCAAAACAUUAACAUCUUGACAGAUCUCAUGGAAGUCACAGAUCAAGUGACUUUGCACAGUGCCAAGCUGCUCAUCAAGCACAUUCAGGACCUUUCUGCCCUGUUUCCAAAAGAGAGAGGAUCUGGAGAUGUGCCUUCCCUGGAGAAGCGUGUUGUUAAUGCCUUCGUUUCUGUUCUGUCCCAUACCUUGACAGCCUUGCGUCGGUUCUCCAAGGAAGGCAUUGAGCUCACCUCUGACGUCCUUCGCACAAUCACAGAUGUGUCUCUGAAGGACAUGACGUUAAGCAGAGCUUCUGAAUGCUUCCUUAACACCAGCUUCCUGGAAAUUAAAACAUGGAGAUGUGACCAACUCCCCACCAAUAGCUUCAGCAUCGGCCCUGCAACAUUUCAUCAUCCUGUGGGAAUGGAUACUUUUAUCGCUGGUCUCAGGGAUGGAUUAAAUUCUUGCUUAAUUUCCCAACUCUGGCAUUUUAAACAGAAUCCAUAUUACUGGGGCAAAACACCAGUGGAGCUGACUGGAGAUAUUGCUGACUUGAGACUGUACCACUGCACCACCUGGAGGAAAAUAAGAACUGCCCGAGCCUCAGAGGUCACUCUGCUGCACGGAGAAGUGAAUGUCCACCAGUUCAACGUGACCCCAGAGCUCCUCAGCCAGGCCAUGCAAGCCACGGUGGUGUUCAGACGGCCCGCUAAUCGCACCUUUACCAUCAUGCUUCUCUUCAGGAUGUCAGAGAGGCCUACCCCUGUUCUGUACAGCAUGAAGAGGAUGCAUCAGUGGGACGGAGACACGGUCCACAUGCUCUUCCCUUCCUCUCAUCUGCAAGAUGGUGGCAUUGGAUACGUCUCAAUCCUUAGUGCAGACUACGGAAAAACAUCCAGGAAUAAGUAUGUGGCUCCGUCUGUGAACUACACCCUUCAGAUUGAAUCUGUGCACUGUCUCUCCUGGGAUGGACAGAGAGAAUGGACCCACGAGGACUGCACACCCCAGCCUGGGUCAUCCCAUGUCAGAAUCAACUGCAGUUGCAGCCACCUAUCCCCACUCACGGUGGCGUACGGAGCCGUGCAGAGCCAUGUCGAUGUGGGGGACGCCGCUGUGUAUGCCAUGCCCUCCAACAACCUCACCCUGAGCUGGGUCAUCGCCCUGUCCCUCGUCGCCUACGCGUUGAUGCUGAUGGUCUGUAAGCGUGCCGACGGCCGCUGUGAACGGAGCGAAGCUCCGCACGUCCUGCCAGACUGUGCGCCGCUCCACCAGCAGCUGUACUCUGUCACCAUCGACACAGGCCUGCGCUCGCGCUCCAUCAUGACAGCCAAGGUUUAUCUUGUGCUGUAUGGUGAGGAAGCAGUGUCUGAGACCAAAGAACUUUACAUCCCAGAGAGGUCCCUUUUUGCAAGGAAUUCCAAAGACACCUUUAUUCUGAGUACGGCGGAGCGUCUGGGGUCCAUCUGGAAGGUGCGUCUCUGGCACGACAGCGCCGGCCCCUCGCCCAGCUGGUACGUCAGCCACGUCCUGGUGAGGGAGCUGCCAAGCUGGAGCAGCUGGCUCUUCCUCGGGGAGUGCUGGUUGGCCGUCGACGAGCAUGAUGGGAAGGUGGAGAGGAAACUCACAGUCUGCAAACAAGGACUCGGAUUGGGACAGCUACUCUACAUGAAGCUGACGGAGUACCUGGAGGACGUUCACCCGUGGUUCUCCGUGUUCAGCUGUCCUCCUCGCGGUGCCUUCACGCGUGUCCAGCGGCUGACCGUGUGUCUGCUGCUCCACCUGGGCUGCAUGUGUGCCAGCGCGGCGCUCGUCGACGGCCAACACGAGCCGGGUGUGAUGGACGUCUCCAUGGUGACAGGGUUGCUGAGUGCGCUGUCCGUGCUGCCGGCGGGGUUUCUGAUCUCGCUGCUGUUCCGCCUCGGACAGGUCAGUGUUCACACCACAGACGUCUAUCAUCUGUCCACCACAACUCACACACAAUGUAAUGUGUUAUUGACAUCGUCACAUUUAAAAAAUACUCUAUCAACAGUAAGCAUAGUAAUUCUGGCUCCAGGCAUGAGGCUCAACCUGUUGGUGCUCUUGAUUUUUCAACAGUCUGACAAGAGGAAGAAAUCAGCCAGAAGAUUGUUCAAAGAUUGUUCCGUGUCAGACAUCAGCACUGUUGAAGUGUAUCAAGAUGCCUUCCAUGAGGGUUUGUGUGAGCCCAGGUCUUCACAGGGAAAUCAGUCACUGGCUCAAGAGGCUUGGAGUGACAGAUAUGAGCAUAAUACUGGCAGACUUGGAUAUGCUGCAGCUUCAGUGCAUUCCCACAAGAGGGCGCUAGGAACCCCUGAUUCUAUCUCGAUAAGCUUUGAUGGAAGCAAGAUGCCAAGUGAGAACUUCAAAGACAGCCUUCAAAGCAGCCCCUCUUCAGAGCGAGGCUGUUCCUUUAAGCCACCUGUCCUGGGAUGGUGUUUUUACGUGGCCUGGUCUCUGUGCUUGUGUCUCUGUGUCACCUCUGCAGUACUGACGGGAAUUCUUGGUCUCAAAUUCAGUCCCACUAAGAGUCUGCUGUGGACAUAUUCUCUGCUCUUCUCAGUCCUCACCUGUGCCUUCGUUAUCUGCCCAGCGCUGAUCUUCAUGGUGGCUGUUGUUGUAUCUAUGUGGUGGCGUAACAGAAGUGAUUUCUUCGAUGUCUCAAGUCAGACCAAGUCUAUUGUGGAAGCACAUAAAUACUGGAUGCAAAGCGGAAGGUCCUCAGUGCUCGGUCUUCAUAACCAGUCUAUGACCAGAUCCACAUACUUUGACACGGUAGUACAGGCUCGCCAGAGGGUUCGGUACCUGCGCCUCGCGCGUCCUCCGAGUCCAGAUCUGCUGAGACGCACUUUCAAGCGUCUGAGGAAAACCACUCUCAUACGCAGAUUCCUCAGUGAGGUGUCACUCUACGUGGCCAUGCUAGUCCUGCUGUUAUUUGUGGCACAUGGAAAAUCAUGCAACAAUAAGUACCGAUUGACUCAAGCCAUCAAGACACAGCUCAGAAGAGGCCCUUAUGAGCAUUUCCAAAGCAUAAGAGACCACCAGGAGUGGUGGAACUGGACCUCAAGUGUGCUGCUGGCAGAGUUGUAUAAGAGUCCCUGGAGCGACAGCGCCUCCAGAGAAAACAGAUGGCAAACUGUGGUGGAAGCGAACAUCCUCAUUGGUGAACUGAUUCUGAAAAAAACAGAGACAGUGAGAAACGAGAUGUAUUCAAAGUUGGGAGAAUUUGUCAUCACUUCAAACAGCCAAAACUUGUUUGGAAAGACUGGAUGUGAUGCCAGGACACAGAGCACUGUGAGCCUUGGACAAACACGGUCCGCAGCUCGCGCCACUCUUACUCAUUUGAAAGCCUCGGACUGGCUCGGUCAGCACACGCGUGCAGUGGCCGCUCAGUUCGUCCUGUACCACCCACCCAGCGGCUUCUUCAGCACGGUCACUCUGCAGGCGGAGUGGGGCCUCGCUGGGGUCCUUCGGCUCAGAGCUGGCGUGGAGUCCACCAGACUGCUCCUGUCCACGGGUGCCCUUGACUGUGCCAGAGUGACCGCUGAAGUGAGGCCUCUUAUCUUAUCUCUGCCCGGUCAAAUGUGUUUGAUAUACAGUCACAGCUCACUAUUAUGGGGAGGUGGAAAGUUUUUUUUUUUUAACCCAUUUCCAUUGGAACAAUUUCCUGAAAGACUGAAUUGCAGUAUUCCACUUAAUACAACUGCAUUCACAUUCUUGUCAACAGUUGCUCUUCUUCUUGAUCGUGAUGGCUCAAAUGAUUUUCCAAAUAUGGAUCAUCUGUCAGAAUGGACUGCUCCCUUACUGUUUAGACCUGAGAAAUUGGCUGGAAGCAUAAUUAUGAUGAGCAUUCUUUAUUAUAUUUGUUUUGCUUAUCACUUUACACUGAAGUCAGAAAAAAUCGACCAAAUGUUGAGGGAGGACUUCAAAGUGUUCAUUGAUUUGGAAAACAUCACAUUUUGGGAGGAGCUGACCGUAUCCCUUCAUGGAGUCGUUUCCUUUCUCUUCUUGCUCAAAAGCCUUUUUAUUCUGGGGAUGCAUGAAGCCAUGUGUUUGCCUGUGCACGCUCUGAAGACUGUGCUCUCCAACCUAACCUGGCCAAUGAUGGCAGGAGCCAUCCUCGUAAUGGCCCUGUCCUCCAUGGGCACCCUUCUUCUCCACCACUCCUCCCAUGCCUACAGUAGUCUGCUCAGAUCUGUUACAGCUGUGCUGGCGUACACCAUUGGACCCAGAGGGUGGAAGAAGUGGUUUGAGUGGAAGUGCUCUGGCUGCAUCUACGGCCUUCUCUUCCUUGGGUCUUUAGUUUGUGUUGUCAGCUGGGCAUGGACUGCAGUGAUAAAGGGAAUGGUAACCUCACUUGUAAACACGAACAAGAGAACUAUAAGGAGGAAACAACGUCUUACUAUGUCUGAGCUUGGACACUACAUAACAAAUAAGAUGUCCGCCCUUGUUGGACAAGGUAGAACAAACUGGUCAGAAGAUCAUCAUUUUAUAAAUACCUUCAGUUUGGAGGAGUUUGAAGACCUUGUGGAUGAACUUUUGUUCAAGCUCAGUGCUUUCUCCAACAGCCUUCACCAUACCUUACCCAGUAAAGACCCAGCGUCCGAGAGCCCUGUGUCUUUGCUGUCUGGGUGGAACAGCAACUUUGAAUCAGAAGUCUCACUGCAGGACUACCCACCUACAGAUGACAUCAUGAUGCCACCAAUCAAGCAGUCGGACAAACAUGAAAGUGGUCAAAUGAGUGCUUUCACUGGAGACAUGCUACAGAUGGACUGAUAUUGCAAAAUUGUGUUUAGCAUCUUUGUCAUAGCCUAGGCUACAGCAGCCUUGAUCAACUAUGCAUAGCCUAGCUCACUUUGGACAAAUCUUUUAAGUUUUUACCAAAACUUGACACAUUGUUGCUGUAAUAUAGGCCUAAUAUCAAUAAACUUUUCUGCUGUA